GCAGAGGAGCGAACAUUUCGAUGGCGGAAUGAAAAUCGAGGGACUUGCGUCUUCGAGAAGAUACACCUACAAAGACAUCAAGAGGAUGACCAACUCUUUUGGAGAAAAGUUAGGCCAGGGAGCCUAUGGCUGCGUAUACAAAGGCAAGCUUCAAGACGGUCAACUUGUGGUGGUGAAGCUUCUAAAGAAGCUGAAAGGCAAUGCAGAAGAAUUUUUCAAUGAAGUUGCGAGCAUAAGUAGGACUUCUCAUGUCAAUGUGGUCAGCCUCCUCGGGUUCUGUUUUGAAGGAAGCAAAAGAGCUUUGAUUUAUGAGUUUAUGCCCAAUGGAUCGCUCGAAAAUUUCAUAUUUAACAGGAGUGACACUUUGGAGGUUGAUCAACAAUUGAGUUGGGACACCUUGUAUAAGAUUUCGCUCGGCAUAGCUCAUGGGUUGGAGUACUUACACAGAGGAUGCAACACGAGGAUCUUGCACUUUGACAUAAAGCCUCACAACAUUCUCCUCGACAGAAACUAUUGCCCCAAGAUUUCCGACUUCGGUCUUGCCAAAAUAUGUCCUAGAGAAGAGAGCAUCGUGUCAAUGCUAGGUGCUCGGGGAACCCCUAGAUACAUUGCUCCAGAGCUGAUCAUGAGGAACAUUGGAGGGGUUUCUCACAAAUCAUAUGUGCACAGCUACGGCAUUAUGGUUCUAGAGAUGGUCGGCAGAAGGAAAAACAUCGAAGUCACAGUAGAUCAUACCAGUAAAAUAUACUUCCCUCAUUGGGUCCACCAACGCCUAAAGCUCCAAGAAGAGUUUGGACUAUGUGGGAUAACGAAUGAGGAGGAGGAAGGAAUCGCUAAGAAGAUGAUUGUAAUAAGCCUAUGGUGGUGCAUUCAGAUUGAUCCGAGAGGUCGACCAUCUAUGACCCAAGUUGUGGAGAUGCUAAAAGGAAGUGUUGAGGCCUUGCAAGUUCCUCCCAAACCAACAUUCUCAUCUCCUUCAAGAUCACUCGCAGUUUCUCCGGGUGAAAUUUCGUCUAACUCGAGUUGGGGUUAA